CAGCGGAGUGCCUUCAAAGAGCUUGAUCAAAUGCUUUUAUUACAGUUGUUGUUGCUUGAAGGGGUGGAUGUCCAGACUGGAUGAACAUGGCAAGUGGAGGAAACUCUGGUUUGUUCUUGGCAAUACUUCGCUGAGAUACUACAGAGACACGGAGGCUGAGGAGUCAGAUGAUCUGGACGGAGAGAUCGACCUGACAUCCUGUGUGAGUGUGUCAGACUGUGAUGUAGAGAAGAACUAUGGAUUCCAAAUACAAACAAAGAGAGCAGUGUUCACUCUCUCUGUUAUGACCUCCAGAAUACGGCGGAACUGGGUAAAGUUACUAAAGCAGGCGAUCCAGAACAACACGCACCAAUCAGACACCGGCAGUGAGAAAGAAAACCCCCUCUCCCGGAGACCGUCGUCAUGCCAACCUCCUGCUCAGUUCACCUGCAGGGACUCCGGCUAUGAACCAACCACUUCCACCUCCACCACCACAGCUGCAAACUCCCAUCAGGCCGACCACCACCACCAAACUGUAGACGCAGAUCUGGACUUAUCUCCAGCCAGUCAGAGAGAAGAAGGGGAGGGCUGGGACCGCGAGCAAGCCAAGCGAUUGGAGGAGAGGAACAAGUGGUUUGAGGAGGGGGUCCUCUUCAGUGGGAUGGGCAGCAGGUGGGACUCCAUGGAGCUGAAAAGGGGGAGUGUACCUGUGCCUGUUAUUGAUACCAUGGACUCAGAGGUCAACAGGAAGUGGGUGGAAUUUGAGACUAUGUCAUUUAGGGACAUGAGCGCGCAGUCUCUCAUUGGAGCCCAGGCUUAUCAGUCAAGCACCCCACAGGCAUCACAACCUCUCGUUAGCUCCCAGGUGUAUCAGUCGAGCCCUGAAGAGACCGAACAGUCUGUCACCACUUCACAAACUGAUAUAUCGAGCUUCAAAGAGGCUCUCCCAUCCAUAAAUGGAGCUCAAACUAUUCAAACAAAUAAAGCAGAAGCACUUCAGAAGGAGGCCCUCUCUCUUCGAAAGCAGGUGGAGAGCAUUAAGAGGGAGCGUGCAGCCAUGGGGAUAGAGGUGGACAGCCCGUGUGGCCCCGGGGCCCCCUGUAGGGCCAAACUAGAAGCCACUGAAGUAGCCCAUCGGAAAGCACUGCAGCAGCUGCAGGAGAAACACGCGAGGGAGAUCAGGGAGCUGGAGGAGCAGAGAGAUAGGAUGCUUCAGGAGGAGAGCCAGGCAGCUGCCAAAGCUAUGGAGGCACUGAGAGCAGCUCACAGGGAGGAGCUGGAGAGAGAGGUGGAGAAGGCCAAGAAACUGGCUGGAGGAGCCGCACACGUGGAUGCUUCAUACAGAGCCGACAUGCCGCAGGCAGACAUCUUGCACAGUGAGUUAGAUGUGCUGUCAGAGCGCUAUUCCCAGAAGUGCCUGGAGCUGAGCCGCACAGAGCAGAGCAGCCUGGGCCGAGAGACGGAGCUCAGUCGCAAGGAGAGGGAGCUGGAGCAGCUCAGAAGAGAGAACCAGGAGCUUAAGGCCAAACUGGCGGAAGAGAUCAGCCGCAUGCGUUACUUCAUCACAGGGCAGAGGUCGGGCACAGUAUCUCUUGGCAACACUGAGCGCGCCGCAUCAGAAGUAGAGACAUUACUAAGAGCAAAAGACAACGAGGUGGAGUAUCUUAAAAAAGAAAUCAGCUGUCUACAGAAUGAAGUGCAGUCUCUUACCAAGGAGAAAGAAGCUGCUUAUGAACGUUAUAAGGAGGCUUAUGUAGAGCUGAUUGACCUGAGGGGCCGUAGCCAGUUGGAGACGGGCUCCCUUAAUGAACACUUGAGACUGGCCAACGCUGCACUCGAGGAGGGUGCGAGACAAACUUGACCAAAGAGGACAACUGUUAAAAACUGGCAACUACUAUGACCUUGGAAAUGACAAAAAUGCAAAAAAAUAAAUGACAAGUGUUUAUC